CGAAAUGCUGCAUCCAAACGACUCGUUAAAUGGACGAAGAAUAGAAGCCGACAAUCUCUGAUACUCGGAGGCUGUAGAAAAUCGUAGGGUCUUAAAAUUUGUGGAUGAGUUUGUGUUCACCAUCAUUCAACUCGAGAUUUAUUGGUUGGAUGGUUAAAAACGGUUGAAACCAACCUUUGUACACCCCUACAUAUGGUAAGGGGAGAUAGAAGCUCCGCUAACAAUAGGGUUAAUUUAGCAACCACGUGAAUUUUCAGUGACUAAAGUUGAAAUUAGCCCAUAAGCCGUUGAUACGGUACGUUUCAUCUUCGUAUUCGCUCCAGACUUCCAGUUCUCUCCUCGCCUCCUUCCCUAACCUUCAAUCAACGGCAUAACGCGUCGCCGGCUUUGCAGUCCUUCUUCGCACCCAAAUCCAGCCACCGCCGCGACUCCCCCGAAUUCGCGGAACCCGGCGGCGGAAGUCCACGCCGACACUCUCCUUCCCCCACUUUUUCCUUCCCGGGAGCACUUCGAGUUCGACUGUCCAUUAGUCGUACGCAGGGGCGAAGCAGGUAACUCGAUUGAAUCUAUAUCUUCGUUUGCUGAAUCAGAACCCAAAUGCGACUGCGGAUUGUCUGCCUCUCUCAUUUGAUUUUCAGAGAUUCGGAUGCCUUUCAGGCCGAUGAAAGCCUGAAAAUCUUCUUGCCUUUUGUUCAUGAAGUGACUCCAGCAUUUUUUGAGCUAGGGUUUGGGGUUUUAGGAUUUGGCUAUUCCUGCUCUGGCUUCUUCUGCUUCGAUUGCAAUAGCUUUACGUUACAGUCUUGAGUUAUAAGAAGUUAUUUGUGUGUUUGCUGAAAACUGAAAGGGAAUGGAUUAGCUCAGAAGAAGUGAACAAACCGGCUUGUUUGCUUGUUGGGUUUUCUUUGCUCAGAUUUCUGUGGCAUUGUAUUUUGAUGAUAGAAUCAUCUUCUGUGGCAGCUCUAUUUAGCUCCUGUUUCAUAUUGACCUCGUUGAAUAAUGUCGCGAGUUCUCAGUUUCAUAUCAGCAUUCAUCCUUGAUGUUUGGGUAAGCUUUGUAUACAUUUGUUAGAAUGGUGACAUUUCCCUCAAGAUGUCCAUUUUCGUGAUCCAAGUUUAGCUUUGAUAUAAAUUAAAUCCUAGAGCUAAGUUCUUCUAUUUGAUUAAAGAAAGAACUAAGAAGAUAUUUCCACCAUAUUUUGCUGAAGUUUAAGUUCAUGGUUCCAGCGCUUCAUGAUGGCUUCACUCUUGGUUGACUCUGUGUGGAAAUUGCUUUCAAAGUUCUGUGUGUGAAGUUUUGCUAUUCCUUUCUCACCAGCUGGUUCGAUCUCUUGAUGCAAUUUCAUUUGAAAAUGGCAGGUGCAAAGAUGCAAGUCAUUCCUAGUGAAAACCCUCUCUCGGUUUCCGGUCCCAGGCCCAUGGAAUGGUCGACCGUUCCGUACUCUGGUCCUGGAGGGCCUGCUUCCAACGGUAAAAACCGAACUUCAAGCUUGGAAUCACCCAUAAUGCUGCUUACUGGUCAUCAAAGUGCCAUCUACACUCUUAAAUUCAACCCUACCGGCGACCUCAUUGCAUCUGGUUCACAUGACAAGGAGAUAUUCCUGUGGAAUGUCCACGGCGAUUGCAAAAACUUCAUGGUCCUAAAGGGCCACAAAAAUGCAGUCCUCGAUCUCCACUGGACCACCGAUGGAUCAAUGAUUAUAUCAGCCAGUCCUGACAAAACUGUCAGGGCAUGGGAUGUCGAGACAGGGAAACAGAUCAAGAAAAUGGCUGAGCACUCAUCAUUUGUAAACUCAUGCUGUCCUUCCAGGAGGGGCCCGCCCCUCCUCGUCAGUGGUUCAGAUGACGGGACAGCCAAGCUCUGGGACCUACGCCAGCGAGGCGCCAUCGGGACGUUCCCUGAUAAGUACCAGAUCACGGCAGUGGGGUUCUCCGAUGCUUCGGAUAAGAUAUUUACAGCUGGAAUCGACAACGAGGUGAAGGUGUGGGACGUCAGGAAGGGUGAAGUGACGAUGAAGCUUGAGGGGCAUCAGGAUAUGAUAACUGGGAUGCAGUUGAGCCCCGACGGCUCGUACCUCCUGACCAAUGGCAUGGAUUGCAAGCUGUGCAUUUGGGAUAUGAGGCCUUAUGCGCCGCAGAAUCGGUGUGUGAAGAUUCUAGAAGGGCACCAGCACAACUUUGAGAAGAAUCUGUUGAAGUGUGGGUGGUCUCCUGAUGGAAGCAAGGUUACUGCUGGUAGUUCUGAUCGGAUGGUCUAUAUAUGGGAUACUACUACUCGAAGGAUACUAUACAAGCUUCCUGGCCACACUGGCUCCGUCAACGAGUGUGUCUUUCACCCGACUGAACCGCUUGUUGGCUCGUGCAGUAGCGACAAGCAGAUUUACCUUGGGGAGAUAUGAUCAAGGCUAGCUAUGAACUGUGGCAAGCAUCGUUUUAGCCUUUGGGUGUAUGGGGUUAGUGAUUUUGUGUUGUAUCUAUCAACUAUCGUGUAGGUUUUUUGCAACCUGAGUUUGAACUUUUGAACCUUUGAUCUAAGGCUUGUCUUUUCUUAGGCCAAUGUUCUACUUGCUGAUGUUUUCUGAUACUGCUGUGGGGCUUUUUGUCUGAAAGCAGCAUAAUUCCAGGUCCUUGCUUUUCUUUGUUCAUCCGCAUGUGGAAGUUUGGUUUCUGGGAACUGUGGAUGAGGAUGGGACAGGUAAAUGUCUGUUUACAACUUACAAGACACCCUAUCGUAUAUAUAUGUACUCGUAUGCAUUUUAUGCGUUUUUAAAAUUAUCAUUGUAACGAAAAGAAUCUAGAAAAAGGAACGCUUUUGUCACCGAACCUUUCAUCUUUUCGCCAAUUUUUAAUAUGAUAUGAACAUCUUGUAUGGUACUUAAUUGGUAGGGUACGUAAAGCUCCAAAUGAGAUAAUGCCGUGUCCACUUCCUUUACUCCAAUUGGUUGUUCCUCCUCUUCCAUUCUCCAGGAUUCUUUCCUCUUCCUCUUCUCAACGCAACAUACACCAAAUUGAUGAUUUGGUCAUCCAAUUUCCAUUCCUAGUUUCAAUUUUGUCCGUUGCACCACAUUCACUUGUGACGACAACACAUGACUAAACUCUAAUUAGACCAUAACAAAAAGUUGUCUCUGAGAUUUAACUUGCUAGACGACAAAGAAAAAGCAUAUGAAAGUUAACCCUUCAAUGUUGUGGUUAGAUUUUAUAGAGAAAGAUGACACACUAUGAAAAAUUUGCUAUUAACGCAAAUAUGAUUAGGGUUUUUGUUCGGUUCAUCAGUUUUCAAAGAUUGUAAAGUCGCAUUUAAAGGUGUGCAAUGGUUCGAUCAGGUCUGGACUGAAUGAAACUCAUAAGAACCUCGGUCCAUUAGUGAAAGACAUUUUAGGAUCAAGGACCAGACCAUUAUUGUAUUCAUUUCCAUUUGAUUUGAUUUGGUCCGGUCCAAAUAUCAAUAUCGGUCAAUCAUUUCUUCAAUAAUUGUAAAAUUCGUGGGGGGCCAAGGACCGGACCGCAUUAUACCCAGUUCAGUACGAUCCGGUCCAAACUUCAAUUUGGUCCGGUACGGACCGGCCCAUUGCACACCCCUAAUCGUAUCGGAGAUUGUAUCAGAAAAUUCAAUUAUAGGAUAUUUUGUACUAAAAUCGUAGUUCAACUGUUUUAUACAGCUAAAAAAUCGUCUAUCAGAUUUGACUAUGAUAUGAGGUUUUUCGGUUGGAGCAUCGGUAUGGUACAAUAUAACAAACACUGUUUUUUUUUUUUUUUGGGUAAAAGAAAACUUAGCUAUGAAUUAUGAUCGAACUAAAAAGUUAGAAUAACAUAUCUGGGGCUGUUAUAACUAACAUCAAACUCAAGUGACUAUACCUGCAAUUUACCUUCCUCCUAAACGAUGCCGUCUGAGUUGAACCACCUCGUUUCGUUCAUUACAAAAAUACAAAUGGGCUUUAUAG